GUGGAGAACAGUAGGUUCGGGUGCGGAGGCGGCGGCCGGACGGUCCGCGGUGGAGCGGAGGGAGCUGGGAUACAUCAUGAGGCUGAAUGAGGGGCCGACCAGAUCCUUUCAGGCUCCCGUGACCGUCCGUAACUACCCGAGCAGCCACGUCUAUGUGUUUCUAAACGGCCGGUCGGACUCGGAUGAGUCAUCGGAGGAAGAGUUUGACAUCAUGGAACUACGCCCGAGGGGCAAGGAGCAGCAGAGACGCGCGGCUUCCCGGGAGAAGGUCGGGGACGUGGUGCUGCUGGAACGAGAGAUUACGGCGGGCGACAGCCUCAACAAGCUCGCUCUGCAGUACGGCUGUAAAGUUGCAGAUAUCAAGCGCAUCAACAACUUCAUCCGGGAGCAGGACUUGUAUGCUCUGAAGUCCAUCAAGAUCCCUGUAAAGACCCAUGGGGUGUUAACCGAGACCAGCAAAGAAUUAAAAGCUCCUCAGAGUGAACGUGCCCAGGCCGCCCUGACCCUCGUUGAUCCACCGGAGCCUGAGGAGGCAGCCUCAAGCAGCAGCUAUGUUGAAUCUGGGCACCUGACCGACUACUUUAAAGGGAUCGACAAGAGUAUUCAGGACGUGGUGCAGUCGGAAGUCAGUAUAAACGUAGACUGCGUUGAGGCACCAAACUGGCUACCUUUUGGCUCUGGAAGACCGAAGGAGGCCAGUACAGGGGCAGACUGUGGAAUCCAGUGGUGGAAUGCGGUUUUCAUCAUGCUCCUGAUAGGAAUCGUCCUGCCGGUAUUUUAUAUUGUCUAUUUUAAAACACAAGAGACCACGGCGGCAGCCCAUGCCUCAAACACAACGUUUGCCUCAAACCUCUCGGCUCACAGAACCGGGGGGGAAUUGUCACUACACUUACCUGCAGAGAAGCUCCCCAAAUCGGGGAGACAGCCCAGCACUGUCUCCCUUCCCAACAUGCACGCCCAUAAACCAGUGACUCUGUCCUCACCAGUUUCAGGGGGCUAAUUUAAGUCAAUCAUAGGUGACUGGUGGGCUGCGGCUGCCGUGUUUUUAUGGAAGAAUAAAGAUGCUUCGUGGCUAACGGA